GCAGACAGGAGUUUCAACCAGGGCAGGAAGGCAAAAGAGCUGAACCUUGAACAAAAUAAGAACAGAAGGGUGCCUGUGAGCCUGUCACUGUGGGUCUGCAGAGCAGGAGAAUGCAGACGGGAUUAGCUAUGAGGUUGCUACAUUAGUUAUUCUAUUUGGAGCAUACAAUACGCGAAUAGUUCUCAGGCAAGAGAAAUGAGCAGCGAGCCUCCUUCUAACUGCCAGAGCUGUAGCCACAGCUUUCUUUCUUUGUACUUAGUUUGCUAGUCCACUCGUCCCAGGGAUCUGAUACACUUCAAGGAAAAUGUUUCAAAAUCAUCUGCUCUGAGUCUCCUGCAAAGUUUUACUGCUGCUGUGGAGUGAUCAUGGUCCUCACUGUAGCUGUAGUUGCUCUUUCGGUUGUUUUGUCAGCAACAAAGACAGAACAGAUCCUAAUCAAAAAUACCUAUGCUGCUUGCCCCAGAAACUGGAUUGGAUUUGGAAAUAAAUGUUUUUAUUUUUCUGAAUACACAAGUAACUGGACAUUCGCUCAGGCCUUCUGCAUGGCACAAGAGGCCCAACUAGCUCGGUUUGACAACGAGGAAGAGCUGAAUUUUCUAAUGAGACUCAAGGCGAAUUUUGAUUGCUGGAUUGGCCUGCACAGAGAGUCAUCACAGCAUGCUUGGAAGUGGACAGACAACACUGAGUAUAACAACAUGAUUCCCAUCCGGGGAGAGGAAAGAUAUGCCUACCUGAACAACAACGGGAUCAGCAGUAACAGGAUCUAUUCACAACGGAUGUGGAUCUGUAGCAAGCUCGACAGCUAUAGCCUCCACUGCCAAACUCCUUUUAUUCCUUCCUGGCAUUUACCAAGAGAUGCUUUUUAGCUUGUUAUCUAUGGGUGCUACUCUUUCCCCUAUGGUCCCACAGUGCUAUCAAACCGGAAUGAGAAUAUUUCUUAACAUCAGAAAUGAAAACCAUCAUUUCAUGUCAUGCA